GAAAACUGGUCAAUCCUCUACUGUUUUUACGCAGCUCCUGGCCUCAAGAUUCACCUUCCACUGGCCUGAAGACAGUGAUGGCUGCUUCUCCCAAGCCAAAAACAGACAGAUGUAGCCCGGUGGAGCACAGAGACUUUGUGACCUCAAGAGGCCAGGAGGCAGGACCGAGCACCAGCUGGAGCCAGGAGGGCGAGUCCAAGCAAGGCCAGUCACCGUCCGCACUGCGGCUGCUCCUGCUGGGGAAACGAGGAGCAGGGAAAAGUGCCACAGGAAACACCAUUCUGGGCAAAACUGUGUUUGAGUCCAAGUUCAGUGAGCAGACGGUGACCAAAGCAUGCCAGACCGAGAGCGCGAUCGUGGGAGGGAGGAUGGUCAUGGUCAUCGACACUCCGGACCUUUUCUCCUCCCUAGUCCCUGCUGACGUCAGGCAGCUCGGCCUGCAGCAGUGCUCACAGCUCUCGGACCCUGACCCCCAUGCGCUGCUCCUCAUCAUCCCCAUUGGCCACUACACAGCGAAGGACGAGGAGAUCAUUGAGGGCAUCCGGGUGAGGUUUGGGCCUGAAGCCUUCAGACACGUGGUUGUUGUCUUCACUCGGGAAGAUGAGCUGGGUGAGGACUCGCUGCAGGAUUACAUAGAAAGUACUAACUCUCUUAAGGCCUUGGUUCAAAGAGUUGAGGGCAGAUACUGUGCGUUCAACAACAAGGUAGACCAGAAGCACCAGGACUCCGUGUCCCAGCUCCUUCAUGUGAUUGAGCGUCUGAUGGAGAAAAGUCCUGGACCAUAUUUUAUGAGGAUUACAAUGGACAGCAGCAGAUUCCAGGAUGAUGGGAAUGGAGCCGCACAACAAGAAGGGAACAGCCUACAUGGUCUGAAGAAGAGACAGCUUCAAACCUCAGGACCUGAGCAGGACCAGGAGAUACCAGAACUGAGGGUCCUCCUCAUAGGGAAGCGUGGUGUUGGGAAAAGUGCAGCAGGAAACAAAAUCCUGGGGAAGCGGGCCUUUAAGACUGAUUUCAGUGAGCAGCCAGUAACUCAGACCUUUCAGUCUGAGAGCAGGGUCUGGAAAGGGAAGAAAGUUCUGAUCAUUGAUUCUCCAGACAUUUUGUCGUGGAAGGAUUCUGACUCUAGGCUUAAGGAGCACACCUCUACAGGUCCCCAUGCCUUCCUGCUGGUGACACCACUGAGUUCUUUGCUGAAGACCCAUAAUGAGAUAUCCAGCAUCAUCAAAAGACGUUUUGGAGAAGAAUUCACUAAAUACACUAUCAUUCUGUUUACCAGAAAAGAAGAUUUUGUGGCUCAGGACCUAGAUACAUUAAUAGAAGAAAAUAAUAUCUGUGAUAUCACUCAGAAAUAUGGAAAUAGACACACUGCCUUCAACUACCAGGCUACCAUGGAGGAGGAGCAGAGCCAGGUGGACAAGCUCCUGGGGGACAUUGAGCGCAUGGUGAAGCACAACGGCAGCAAGGCUUGUGCCUUCAGAGAACUUUUGAACAUCAUCCUCGUGGGAAGAAGUGGGACAGGAAAGAGUGCGACUGGGAACACUAUCCUGGGGAGACCUGCCUUCGUCUCUCAACUCCGAGCCCAGCCAGUCACCCAGAGAUGCCAGAGUGGCAGGAAGAUCGUGGAUGGGCAGGAGAUUGUGGUUGUGGACACUCCAUCAUUCCUCCAGAUGCCUGGGGUUCAAAAUCAUUCUUCCUGGGUUCAGGAGGAGGUGGAACGCUGUAAUUCCCUGUGUACAGGAGGAAUGAAUAUUUUUGUCCUGGUCGUCCAGCUAGGACGGUUCACUCAACAAGAUGAAAUGGCAGUGAAGCAACUGGAAUCCCUUUUUGGGAACAAAAUUUUGAAAUCUGCAAUUGUGCUUUUUACACGGAGGGAAGAUCUUGGGGAUGGAAACCUUAGAAAUUACAUUGAAGACGUGAAGAACAAGCCCCUUCAAAGUAUACUCGAAAAGUGUCAGAAGAGAGCCUGUGCUUUUAACAACAAAGGUAAUGAUCUAGAUCAGGAAAAUGAUGUGAAAACUCUUUUGAGAUUAGCCAACGAUCUGGUAAAGAGCCAUGAUGGAUGCGAACAUUCCCGUACAUGGGGGUAUGUCAGCAAUCCCAGCAAAAUUCUAGGGUACGUUAAAGAUAAGAUCAAGGAGGGAGUUGAAAGGUCUAGGAUCUCUUCAAGAUAGGGACACCUGAUACCAGACAGAGGCAGAGGUGGGGGAGGUGGAAGGGCUGGUAGGAUGAGCCGUCUCACAGAAGGUCUUUGGCUGUGAUAGUCAAGAGGCAAGUGCAUCAACCCAUGUUGACAACAAAACCCAUGUUGACAGUGUUUAUUUAGCUAAAUAAUUGUCAAGCAGAGCCAGUUAGUAGGGAAUUAUAUAGGAGAGAGGGAACAAGCUAGAUGAAUGUAAAUAUCAAACUGAUAUCAAGGGUCAAAGUCAAAUCUCCAGAAUCAUCACUUCACCAAUGAAGGUAGGAUGAAGCCAGAACUGACACUGUGACCAAGGCUCGGGCCUGCAGAGUGUCACACUAUAGACAGUGCCUUGAAAACCAGAGGAUCCAGAAGCAUACAGAGAGGUGCAAGCCCAGUAUGAUUCUGGGUCUACCAGAAAGUGGACGUGGAGCAACAUUCCGACUCCACUCUGUCUUUUGUCUCAGCUUCAAUGACAUGAAACUUGCUUAUUGGUUUCAAGGUGGUGGUGUUGUGUGCAUGGCUAAGCAGAUCUACCGGAAGUUGCUUGAGGUGGGCAAUGUGGAGCCUUCUCCAAGGUGAAUAGAAAGCCAGGUGUUUUUAAUAACAGCAACUUUGUAUGUGCUUUGAAGAUGGGAUCUAUGUCAUCUAUAUUUUUACCCUGAUAGUAUUAGUUAUCAUCAGGAUUAACAUAUUUUAUGAGAAAGGGCUGUCACCACUAACACUUGUGAUGCUACCUUGUUCUUAGCCAAUAGGCUAUACAAUGAUCCUACUGCCUUUGAGUGCCACAUGCUUCUUAACACAGUACC